CAGAAAAAUCAUCAUUUCUUCUCUGGAGGGUGAACAUUUCUAGAAUUGAUUUCACGGAUCUGGUAACAUGGCAAAAGAUGCCGGUCUAAUUGAAGCCAAUGGAGAACUAAAGGUCUUUAUAGACCAGAAUCUUAGCCCUGGAAAAGGUGUGGUGUCGCUAGUGGCUGUUCACCCUUCUACAGUAAACACACUCGGAAAACAGCUCCUGCCAAAAACCUUUGGACAGUCCAAUGUCAACAUUGCACAGCAAGUGGUAAUUGGUACACCUCAGAGGCCUGCAGCGUCAAAUACUAUCCUGGUAGGAAGUCCACACACCCCUAACACACACUUUGUAUCCCAGAAGCAGGCUUCAGACUCCUCACCUUGGUCUGCUGGGAAACGAAACCGAAAAGGAGAGAAGAAUGGCAAAGGUCUGAGGCAUUUUUCGAUGAAGGUUUGUGAGAAAGUGCAGCGGAAAGGGACCACUUCAUACAACGAAGUGGCUGAUGAGUUGGUUGCAGAGUUCAGUGCUGCUGAUAACCACAUUUUACCAAAUGAAUCGGCUUAUGACCAGAAGAACAUAAGACGACGAGUCUAUGAUGCCUUAAAUGUCUUAAUGGCCAUGAACAUUAUCUCCAAGGAGAAGAAAGAGAUCAAAUGGAUCGGCCUGCCUACUAACUCGGCUCAGGAAUGUCAGAAUCUAGAGGUAGAGAGACAGAGAAGACUUGAAAGAAUAAAACAGAAACAGUCUCAACUUCAAGAACUUAUUCUACAGCAAAUUGCCUUCAAGAAUCUGGUGCAGAGAAACCGCCAGGCAGAGCAGCAAGCCAGCCGGCCGCCUCCCUCCAACUCGGUCAUCCACCUCCCCUUCAUCAUUGUGAACACCAGCAAGAAGACAGUGAUUGACUGCAGUAUCUCUAAUGACAAAUUUGAGUAUCUCUUUAAUUUUGACAACACGUUUGAAAUCCACGAUGAUAUAGAAGUAUUAAAGCGAAUGGGAAUGGCUUGUGGACUAGAAUCAGGAACUUGUUCAGCCGAAGACCUUAAAAUGGCAAGAAGUUUGGUACCUAAAUCUCUGGAACCUUAUGUGACAGAAAUGGCUCAGGGACCAAUCAGCGGUGUAUUUGUCACAUCAUCAGGUUCAACUUCAAAUGGCACAAGACUUUCUGCCAGUGAUUUGACCAACGGAGCGGACGGGAUGCUGGCCACAAGCUCCAACGGUUCUCAAUACAGUGGCUCCAGGGUGGAGACCCCAGUGUCUUACGUCGGGGAAGACGAGGAUGACGAUGACGACUUUAAUGAAAAUGACGAUGAAGACUGA